GCCCUCCUGUCCCUUCAGGACAUUCCCAGCUGCCUGCGGGGUCUGAGAGCCAUGGCAGGACUUAAUCACUCACUGCCUUUUUGAUACUCAUAGUACUGUGCUGCACUGUGUUCUGUGUCCAGCAUUAGCCAAAACAGACCAUUGGUACAGUCUCACACACACAUGUAGAGCUCAGUCCACUGACAGCUAAAUAAGGCAGAAAAGGCUUUUUCUAUUCUUUUUUCCCAUUUUUGCCACUGCAGGCCAGAUCACAAUGUUCUUAUUCAGUUUUGUUUGAUCGCUAAACAACCAAAAUUUUUCUUUGACCUCAGCAGGAAUCUGCCUGGGUCAAAAAUUCCACAAAUUUUCAUGGAAGUUAUUCCAGCUUGGUUCUGAUGUAACUAAGUGGUCUCUGGUGAAACGGGAUGGGUUCAGGACCAAGUUGUUCCUUUUAUUUCCUACUGUUCAUUUUGAAUGUGGUGCUGGUGUUGCCUUCCAGCCCAGCGAGGUUUGGGUGGCGCAGCCGAAGGUACAGCAGUGACAAUGAGAGGACAAAAGCAGCCUGUUGCUGUGGCCAAACUGCCAGGCUCCCAGCUAGUGUUGGUUUCUAAGGUUACUGGAAUUGCCUGAGGCUAAAAGAAUGUCUUUGUAGCUCUUUUAUAAAUCCUUUGUGAUGCCUACAGAAAGGAGGGGGGAAGAGGUGAAGGAAAGGGAGGAGGGAGGUGGACAGUUCAAAUCUGCCACAUCCUGCUAAUUCAGGAAGCAGAGAGAGUUGAGACUGCCCUUCUGUAUGUGUGGCCACUAAAAGGAGUGAACAAAUUCGGGUUUGGUUUAAGGCAGAAAGAAUUUCCCAGAUCUGUAUUAUUGUGAUUUGUGCUCUCUUGCUGUCCCCUCCCAAGCAGUGUCCAAAGGAGUGAACUCUGUUCCCUCUGGGACAGAACUGUAAGAAGUGUACAAAGCACUGAAAUUCCUCUGGGAUUCCAAAUGUAUGGUUAUCAUUCAAGGGUUCUGCAUCCAUUUCAUGCUGCAGGCUGCUUCUGUAGCACUUGUGUUAGCUGGACAGCAGAACUGCAACACCCUGUGGGUCAUUAAAAUAAUUUCUGAGUAGGCAUGCUGGAACAGGCUGUGAGCUGGGGGAAGUGGAAAUAGCUGGGCUAAUAAACUAAGUGCUCUGCUCUUGCAGUGGUUUUUUUUUUUUUGGUCCUGUUAUUUCACUGCUCAAAAAAUAGCCAUGCAGCCACUGUUGGUGUUGGACACUGACAGCAGCACAGUGCUGAGAGCUGUCUGGGAUGAGCUACCUUUCAGAAAUGUCUCAGGUAUCAUGGGAUCAUUCCUGCUGUUGUUUAGAUUUCAUACAGCAUGUUGAACUGCAUUUCAGCUGAAAGCUUUCAAAAUGGAAAUCACUGACAGAAGGAGCUUUAAUAGGUUAGUUAUUACAAAAUCUAGAGGGGUGUCCUGCUUCGUGCACACUGCCUGUGACAGGAUGGGGAGGAGCCUUUGCAGACAGGGUUGAGCAGGUCAUGCUGUGAAAAUGGGACCCUUGAGUGGUUCUGGCUCUGUGCUACUGGGAACAGCUUCCCAACUCUCAGAUACUGUUAGCUCGCUGUAAAAUGGAAAUAGGCAUGCUGGGUUUCCUUCUUAAGGCUUCCAGAAAAAUGGUGUAGAGAGGAGGAAAACUGCACAAGUGUCACAGUGUGAUCACGUGGCACACAGCCCUCUCUUCUUGUGCCUUUUAGGCUCUGAAACUAGUUGGAGAGGUUGCCAACUACCUGUGGAGUCCCAGAAGAGCUGCCUCAGAGCCCUGCCCGGGGCACCUCUGAGAGCUGAACAGAACAGCAGGUCUGGCACAGGAGGAGGUGCAGUGGAGGGCUCUCUGUGCCUGCUGCCUGUCAGCCACAAACCAGGAGAAAGGCCUGGGUUGAUUGGGUUUUUGCUGUUUUAAAUGGUUCUGAGUCCCUUUGCAUUUCUAGUGCUACCAGAGGGAGUAUUUUCAAGACUGUGCUAAUCUGUGACAUAACACUGUUGAAAAGCAGCCUAAUUGCAGGAGUUCUUUAGCUCAGCGGUGAGAGGAACAAUGCUCUGUUUCUCUGUCUCCCCUCCCCUCCCCUCGCUCCCCCCAGUCCUCUCCCAAAUAAAGCUGCCAUGCAGGGAAGCACAGAAGCUCCCAGGCUCUCCUGUCAGAAAUAGAGCAGCAGCUCCAAUUUAGAAUAUCUGCUGACUCCUCUGCUCCUGAGUGAAGACUAUUUUUGCUCAGUGACUUGCUCUAGACAUUGUGAAGCUCGAAAGCUCUGGUGAUUAUAAUUGCUGGGCUCCUUUAUUUCUUUGAAAACCUAUAUUUAAAACGAGAAUAAUGACUGCCUGUAAAGUCCUUUAGCUCUGGAAGAGAUUGCAGCAGUAACAAUGCAGUGCUUAUGGCGCUGGGCAACAGCUAAAGCUGCCGGGAGCACGGACAGCAGCGAGCCGGUGACGCUGCGCCGGGUGCGCGGGCUGGGCUGUGCCGACCUCGCGGGCCUGCAGAGAAUACCAGAGGAGCUGACCCUGGAUGCCUUACUAGAAAUGAAUGAGUCAAAGGUGAAAGAAACAAUGAAGAGAUGUGGAGCCAGAGACGAGGAGUGCUCCAGGCUCAACGGGGCCCUGAGCUGCCUGCGGAAGGUGACGGAGUCAGGAGGGGAGCCGAGGGACGAUGUGCCGAUGGCCCUCCCCGAGCGCCGGGACAGCUCCAGCUCGCAGCCGGACCCCGCCUGGUCCCCGUGUGCCCCGGCCAAGGGCAGCCAGCAGCAGCCGCGCUCCGCGUCCGCGACCCCGCCCUGCGAGCCGCCGGCGCCGCUUCACGGGCCCUGUCCCUCGGCAGAGAGCCUGCUGGAGCCGCUGGUGCUGCCCGCGGCCGGGGGCAGGCCCAGGACUCCGCACAGCAUCACCGUCACCCCCCCGGCCACGCCGCAGCCCAAGCGCCGGCACCGCCUGAAGCCGCCGCGGACGCCGCCGCCCCCCUGCCGCAAGGUGUUCCAGCUGCUGCCCAGCUUCCCCACCCUCACCAGGAGCAAGUCCCACGAGUCUCAGCUGGGCAACAGGAUCGACGAAGUUCCUCCGAUAAAGUUCGAGCUCUCCCAGGGAUCCCCCCAGACGGUACGAAGAGACAUUGGCCUGGCUGUGACUCACAGGUUCUCCACAAAGUCCUGGUUAUCUCAGAUUUGCCAAGUGUGCCAGAAAAGCAUGAUGUUCGGGGUGAAGUGUAAGUACUGCAGAUUAAAAUGUCACAACAAAUGUACUAAAGAGGCACCUGCUUGUAGAAUAUCCUUCCUUCCCAUAACAAAAAUAAGAAGAACAGAGUCUGUCCCAUCUGAUAUCAAUAAUCCAGUAGACAGACCCACAGAACCCCAGUUUGGAACUCUCCCCAAAGCACUAACUAAAAAGGAGCAUCCACCAGCAAUAAACCACCUGGACUCCAGCAGUAAUCCUUCUUCUACAACCUCAUCCACUCCAUCUUCUCCAGCACCUUUCCAGUCUUCCAACCCUCCCAGUGCCACGCCGCCCCCAAACCCGUCCCCCAUGGGCCAGAGGGACGGGCGGUUUAACUUCCCAGCUGCCUACUACCUUCAGCAUAGACAACAGUUUAUCUUCCCAGAAAUUCCCAGUCCUGCACAAACAGCACAGCUUCCAGAAACUGCUGCAGACACUAACGCUGCCCAGCAGCCGGGCACGGGCGGAGGCGCGCGGGAAGCACAGGUGGAGGAGCCAGAGGCGAGUAAGUCGGAGCCCGAGGACGAUGAGGAUGAGGUGGAAGAUUUGCCCAACCGGCGGCCGCACCUGCAGGGGAUGAUCUACCGCAAACCCAGCCAGACCAGCGUGUACCUGCAGGAGUGGGACAUCCCCUUCGAGCAGAUCCAGCUGGGGGACCCCAUCGGCCAGGGCCGCUGGGGCAAGGUCUACAAGGGCAAGUGGCACGGGGAGGUGGCCAUCAGGCUGCUGGAGAUCGACGGCAACAACCAGGAUCACCUCAAGCUCUUCAAGAAGGAGGUGAUGAACUACAGGCAGACCCGGCAUGAGAACGUGGUGCUGUUCAUGGGAGCCUGCAUGAACCCUCCUCACUUAGCAAUCAUUACCAGCUUCUGCAAAGGAAGGACGCUGCACUCCUUUGUGAGGGACCCCAAGAUCUCCCUGGACAUCAACAAAACCAGGCAGAUAGCACAGGAGAUCAUUAAGGGCAUGGGGUAUCUCCACGCAAAGGGGAUCGUACAUAAGGAUCUGAAAUCCAAAAAUGUCUUCUAUGACAAUGGGAAAGUUGUGAUCACCGACUUUGGAUUAUUUGGAAUUUCGGGUGUGGUUCAGGAAGGAAGGAGGGAGAACGAACUGAAGCUGCCUCAUGACUGGUUGUGCUACCUGGCCCCUGAGAUUGUCCGUGAGAUGGCCCCAGGGAAAGAUGAAGACAAGCUGCCUUUCUCCAAAGCUGCAGAUAUCUAUGCCUUUGGGACCGUGUGGUACGAGCUCCAGGCACGGGAGUGGCCCUUCAGGACCCAGCCUGCAGAGGCUCUCAUCUGGCAGAUCGGCAGCGGCGAGGGAGUGAGACAAGUCCUUGCCACUGUCAGCCUGGGCAAAGAGGUCAAUGAAAUCCUCUCGGCCUGCUGGGCCUUUGACCUCAGCGAGAGGCCCAGCUUCACUGUCCUCAUGGAAAUGCUUGAAAAACUGCCAAAAUUGAACCGCCGGCUCUCCCACCCAGGGCACUUCUGGAAGUCUGCUGACAUUAACAGUAGCAAAGUUGUCCUGCGUUUUGAAAGAUUUGGCUUGGGAAUCCUGGAACCGAGUAACCCCAAGCUGUAGCCCGGUGUCAUUGUGCCCGUGCUGGCUGCCUGCUCCCACACGCACCAGGAGCCCUCCCUGGCUGCUCCACGCCGAGGCUGGUGCGCCCCACUGAAGACCAUCAGCUCAGCCCGUGUGCUGCCCGAGCACCAGCAGUUAUUUAACAAUGUUUACAUGAUACUUUUGUGUGAACUAUAUUUUUUUAAACAUAAUAAACAGUGAAUCAAGUUGAACUACAGCCAUUCUCAAACAGCACUGAGAAAGAGCUGAGCUGUUCCUGGCUCCUCCUUGUGUCCGUGGUCAGCGGGAGCUGCGCCGUGGCUCCUGCGAGGUGUUGGCCCUGCAGAGCUCAGCUCUCUCCUGCAGGCAGAGCCCAGCCUGGGCACUGGGACUGCCCAAAGCACCCUCUGUCCCAGCAGGGCUGCUCCAGCUCCGGGUCAGUCACCCUGAACUGGGCCACACCAGAACACAGCUGCUGCAGGUAGAGUCUGCCAUGGGGGCUGGCUCUCCGUUAGUGACUCAAGUGCUCUUCUCCACAGAACUCACACUAAAACCUGCUCCUUUCUCCUACAAUCCAGAGGAAUUAAGAACUGCUGGCCUUAAAAAAUAAACUCAUGACUCGUCACAGCUCUGCACAGGGACCAAUUCUUCUUUUGAAGUUCAGACAAAGUUUGAGUGCAGGGAAAGGCAAGAGAAACAGGACGAGACAAAAGCUGUCCCUAAAUAAUGCAUUAACUAAGGCCUUGAUGCACAGAGUGUCACAGCCCCUGCACACACACACUCAUAC